GAAUUGAAUACAGUUGAAAAUUUCAAACACUCUUGUAAUAACUGACAUACCACAACAAAAUGAAAUCAUUUGUUUGCUUCAUCUACAUUAUUGUGGCUAUUUCAUUGGCCACCGCCUCAACAGUUGGUUCCUCUUCCUCCAGCAGCAGUUCCCUAAGCAGCAGCAGCGAUACCAAACAGGAUGUUGAAAGUGAUUUGAAACCCCAACUCACUUCACAGUUAAGCAACGACUACAAUCGUUUUAGAAAGUCGGCUGGUUAUGGUGGCUCUGCUGGUGGUUAUGGUGCAGCUAGUAUUCCAGCUCCUCCCUGCCCCAAGAAUUACUUGUUCAGUUGUCAACCUAAUUUAGCUCCUGUACCCUGUGCCGCUCCAGCUCCCGCUUACGGUUCUGCCGGUGGUUAUUCGGCUCCAGUACCAACUUAUAUCGCUCCUCUAGGCAAUAACUAUGGUCUACCUCAAGGUUAUAAUGGUUUCGUACCCCAAACAUUUAAUCAAUUCUAUCAAUAUUAAAUUGUUUUAUUAUUUUCGACCACAUUAAAUGGAUACAAUGAUGUACACGCGCCAUAAUUAAUGAAAUUUUGUAAGAACAAUAACAAAAAGUAAUAAUUUAAUUUUAAAUAAAUUCAAUUGUUUGUUGUAAAAACAUA